GAUGGCUUGUUCCAAUAUUAUUAAUAAAAAGAAAGAAGAGUUUAGAUUAAGGUUAGCGUUAGAAUUCGCAUUUGUCAUUUUUCUAUUUUCUCUUGUGUUUCAGAUAAAUGGAAAUAUUGGAACAUUGAAACUUGAUAAAUAUUCAUCAAACAUUCAGAGAAUCUCUGAACGCAUUUCUCCCAACUGGCGAUGAGUAAAUUGGAGGAGAAAAUAUUAAAAGCUCUUGAGACGAUUGGGUACAAUGGUCUGCUGCUUCAGAAACCCAACUUUCCUAUAGCGGUAGAAGGAGGUUCAAAAAAUGUUGAAUACACUAAACUGGUCAAGUUCCUCACAAAUGAAAUCCGCACUUUGCUUGGUAUAGAUGAAGAAGUUAAUGCUAUAACAACACCAGAAGAUAGUGUGGCAUUUAUAAUGGAAAUAACUUCAUUUCUGAAGGAACUGAAUUGUCCAUACCAAUCACUCACCCAUGGUCAUGUAUCUGAACGUUUACAACAUGUAUCAGAUAGACUAUUACUGCUAGAUUAUUUAUUAACUGAAUUGAUGAGUGCACGAAUCUUACAAGAAAAAAAGCCAGAUAAGAAAAUUGAACUCAAAUUGCAAGAGACUUCAGAGGGAAAGGAUAUGAGGUUGAUACUACAAACAUUACGUUUUCCAAAACCACCAGCCAACAUAUCCAUUCCAACACUAUUUCAAAAACUCAUACCAACAAUUCCAAUUGUAUUGAAAAAAGCUGGAGCUGAUAUAAUUGGAAAUGGCAUUUUCAAUGUUUCACUCCCUGACAAGCAAUGGGAAAUCUUGAAUGGGGUACAAGAUGACCUGAACAAAGAUUAUAAAAUCAGACGUGAGAUGCUUCUGACAAGAUUAGAUGUAACUAUUCAGUCCUUCCAGUGGUCUGAUAAAACUAAAGGUAAAGAGGAUUUGUUUGAGAAAAUUUACUAUGACAAGAGGAAACUUCUCAAAGUAGAGCCUGAUAUUGAUAUAUCUGAUCUGUUGGCUGCAAGAACAGAUAUUGCCAUCAUUGAAAAAACUAGCAGUUCAUCAGUAAGGAGGAAUACCAGGACUCAACUGAAUAAAGUCAUUAUUGGCCAAGUCCCUGAUAGAGGUGGCAGAACUUCAGAAAUAGCUCCUCCUCCUCCAGAAAUGCCACCGUGGUUGCAACGCUCAGCAGGCCCAGCUGGUGGGGGGCGUGGAGGUGGUAAUUUCAAUAGAGGUGGUGGAAACAACUUCUCAAGAGGAGGAGGAAACAAUUACUCAAGAGGAGGAGGAGGAAACAAUUACUCAGGAGGAGGAAACAAUUACUCAGGAGGAGGAAACAAUUACUCGAGAGGAGGCGGCGGAAACAAUUACUCCAGAGGAGAGGGAAACAAUUACCAAUCGGGUAGAGGUAACUUCCAAUCGUCUGUGGAUAGAGGCAGUCACAAUUCUAGCUACGGCAACAAGAAUUUCGAUAGCGCUGGUAGUUAUAAUGUUGCCAGCAAGUAUAGUAAUGAUUCGGGUGGUUACAAUCGAGGUGGAUACAAUUCUGGUAACAACCAAGGUGAUUUUGGUCAGAACCAGAGUGCCUCAAACUAUGGCGGUCAAAACAGGAGCUAUGAUAGUGACAGAUAUAGUGAUAAUAGUAGAGGGUAUGAUAACAGGAGAGACAGUGGUGGUGGUAAUAGCUCCCAUGAUUUUCAACAAACCAAACGAGCCAAAACUUAUGAUUCUUUUCAAGCUAACAAAUCUAGUUAUGCCGAUCAGUAUGUCCAAGAAAGGGAGCAUAAUCAGCAGUACCAUUCAAGAGGAGAAAGAGGCUUCAGAGGUGGAUCUGGACGGUCUAAUUAUCAGCGAGGUAGAGGUAGUUAUAGAUAGAGAUAUAUCAUAUAACUGGAAAUGUAAACUUUUUGAACCUUGAAUGAUAUUUAUGUUUUAUAAUUUCUAAUCUCUUAUUAAAUUUCAACUAGCUGAUUAACUGAAAUAUAUAGAUUUGUGCUGAA